GCUCCCCUUUCUAGCUGCGUCAUUGCGCUCGGCUCAUUGUCUUUGAACGCAGAUGGACUUGAGGUAUCGUCGGUUGCUUCCUGUCGACUGUUCUCUCCUGGAAACAUUUCUCGCUGCACAUUUGGGACCUGAAGCGGCUGUGAGCUCUCGUCAUGGCCGCGGUGGAGCAGUGUGACUUGUCUCUCAUGAGUCUGGAGGAUGAGCUGACCUGCAGCAUCUGCCUCAGCCCCUUCGACUGUCCGGUGACCAUACCCUGCGGACACAACUUCUGCCAGAGCUGCCUGCUCACCACCUGGACGGAGCCCUACAGAUGUCCCCAGUGUCGGACCCUCUUCCACACCAAACCCGAGCUGAAGAAAAACACGGUCCUCAGCACCGUGGUGGAGGCCUUGAACCUGAGGUUGGUCCGGAGCGAGGCGAGCCGGUCAGCAGAGGAGAAAGAGAGCAAGGAAGAGCCCAUGGAAGAGCCCAAGGAAGAAGCUGUCAUACGCUGUGACACCUGUAUGGAAGCCGAGGCGGCCAACACCUGCCUCACCUGCAUGGCCUCUUUCUGCGAGGAGCACCUGCGUCCUCACCGGGAGAACCCGGUGUUCCGUCUCCACCAGCUGAUCGAGCCAGUCGGGGACCUGUUGGAGCGCUUGUGCCCGGACCACCACAAGCUGAUGGAUCUGUUCUGCAGCCAGCAUGUCCGCCCCAUCUGCAGCCUCUGUCUCCAGCAAAACCACAAAGGCUGCUCCUUCACUUCUCCUGAGGAGCAGAGGAAGCUCAAAGAGACGGACCUGAAGGACAAGUUGGAGGUUCUUAGUGCAAAGAUUGUGCAUAAUGAGACUAUUAUGUAUAAAAUGAGGGACAUGGAGGAUAUGUUGAAGGUCUCAGCCACCAACAAGAAGAAAGCUUUGGUAGCUGAGUAUCAAGAGAUGCACGACAUGUUGACCCAAGAGGAGAGCACUGCUCUGAAUGCAGUGGAUCGAGAGGUGGAGACUGGUCAAACCAAAUUGAAAAAUCUCCAGAAGAAGUUCGCUGAGAACAUCGACCACAUGAGUGGGGCUAAAGAAUAUAUCAACAAUCAGCUCAGUCAGUCACAAACACUGGCCUUCUUGCAGGUGUCAUUUAACCUGCCUGCAGCUGUGAACUUUGACCCUUACACCCCUCGAAUCAACCUGGACUCCAAGAAGGUGGUGGCAAACGAGACCUUUGCUGUGACCUUGAAGGACCACCUGACCGAGCUGUUUAACCAGCCUGUUGAGUCCAGAUUGCCACUGGCUAAACCAGGUACAACAGCAGCUUCUGCCUCAGGGUUUUCAUCUAUUCCCCUGGACCCUUCCUCGUGGACACCUGAGCCAAAAGGACAUCCGGGAUAUCCCAUGUGCCCAAGUCCAGAUCCAGGUCCACAGUCUAAAGCAGGACCAAAGAAGAAGCCUUCAAAACAAACCAAAAAACCUCAACCCACUGAAAAGCUGGUGGGAUAUGCUCCUUUCGCCGAGUUUGGUGGGAAAGCCCCAGGUCGUCCUCCUGUUAUCCAACCCUAUCAGAAAACAGAACCUUCAGACAUUCCUGCAAACAUUGCAUUUGCAGAAAAAAGAACUGACCUUCUGAAAUAUUCUUCAUUACUUAUGCUGGAUCGCAAGACUGCCCACAAACGCAUCACGGUGACUGAAGAGUGUACUAAGGCCUCUGUGACAGAUGAGCAAGCAAACUACCCCAACAACUCUCAACGUUUCGUCGUCUGCUCCCAAGUACUCACCUCCAAGGGUUUCUCAGGCGGGCGCCACUACUGGGAAGUCAAGCUGAGCUGCAACAACUUUAUCGGCAUUGGUUUGGCUUACAGCAGCAUUGAUCGUAAAGGUUCCACCAGUCGCCUGGGCCGCAACGCCCAGUCCUGGUGUGUCGAAUGGUUUAACGUCAAGCUGUCCGCUUGGCAUAACAGCCAUGAAACCGUGCUGUCCAAUCCCAAUCCAAAGCGUGUAGGUGUGCUGCUAGAUUAUGAGGGGGGUAGGGCUACAUUCUACAACGUGGCAGACAGGGCAUAUCCCUUCCACACGUUUGAGUUUCCUUUUGCUGAAGCAGUGUAUCCAGCUUUCUGGAUGUUCUCCAGUGGUUCAUCCAUUACUUUGUGCAAGUCGUAAAGAUGUGGAGCAUAUUGUCAUAAGUGCACACACACCCAAUCAGCCCCUUGACAUCAUCACUGAUAUUAAUAUCACAAUAUUUACAGUAAACAGUUUGUCUAUAAAUGUAUGUUAAAGAAAAUUGACAAUUAACAAAUGUAAGAGGCCGACAAGCUUCAAAAGCCUCCAAAAUUAAAAGUAGAACCAUUGAGACAUUUUAUUCUUUAUGUGAUUGUGAGGUUUCAGGAUGAUAAGCCUCACUCAUACCACUCACUACACACUGUGGUUAGCUCUGCAUUUAACAAAGGAAAUACAGGAAUAUAUGGCUGUGGUUACUCCACAGUAGUUUAUAGAACUUGAGAGUGUCACAACUGAAAUGGAUGUGUGGAGUCAAUAGCAUGCCAUAGCUGAAGUCAUUAGCUGUUACUAUACCCUAAAGCCGCUGAAGUUGUGGUUCUAAACUGGCAGAGCCAGUGUUUUUCAGUUUAAGAAACAUCAGAUUGGAUCAGUAUAACUUGCAUGUCCUGCGUCCAAGGUGACUAAUACACUGAAGUGUUUCUUACCACUUUAACAGAACACACACAACUUCCUGUACACUUGCUGUACAGCGUGUUUGUGCUUGUGUUAACCCUGAAGACUAAUUAUUAUACACUGUAGAUUGGUGAUGAAUAUAGAAGUGAAUUCAUCACACAUGUCAGUCCAGUGUUGUGAAAUUAAGUCUGAAGGGGAAAGGAUUGAUAGUUUUGGACUGAGGCACUUUAAGUUAUAGGUCUGGGUCAUGCAGCAAAAUAUUUUGUGACGCUAGCUUUUUUUCCUAUCAGUCGAUAUUUAGUCAUUUCUAGCGACCGUAAGAAUUCAGUUAUUGAAAAUGACAUCUGUGUGGACUGCACAACAGGAAAAGAUAAAGACUACAACUUGUCAGUACAAAGUCUUAGAAAUGUGUACAGAAUUUGGAGUGUCACAGCUUGCUCUAAAAGAGCACUCAUGUAUUCCACCUAUGCAACUGAAAACAGAACAUCAUGAGUGUUAAACUAUUUUUGAGCAUUUCUUCUAUAGGUCUGCCAUGUGACUGGAUAGAAAAGGCUGUUUCUGUGAUGCGAUCUGAUAUACCCAAGCCAUCUACACAGCAUAUUGAAGUGGUUGAUUUUCAUAAAAAAAAAAUUUUCAUCGUAGCCGUUUAGUUAAAGUUAAGAUGUGUUGUGGAUAUAUUGUAUCACCUGGCUCUAUCUGCCCACGUCUUCAACUCUCUGACUUGUUUGGUUGGCGAGACCAGAAGUCACAUAGACUCUGGUUUUUACAUUCUGACAGUGUCUGUCUCUCCUGUGGUUUUCAAUUGUUUUAAUGUCAGGUUCCAUUGAUUGGUGGAGUUUGAUUUAGGUAAUAAUGAGAGAGAGAGAGAGGAGCAGAUGAUCAGCAAGGGUCCUUGUUUAGAUUUAAACUUUGGAUGUGGUUUUCUCCAUUGAAAUUAAAUGCUAUACUGUUUUGUGGUAAGCACAUCAGAAUGCUCUGUUGGCUGGGAGGUGGUAAGACGUUCAGGUUAACAGGGAUGAAUUAGUUUAGGGGUUGAUUUAAAGGCUUCAUCCAUACUACUCUGUUGUUGUUGUUUGAAAACACCUCAACUCUGUUAAGGAUACAACUGACUUCCACACUGAUCUAGUGUUUAAACAGCCAAAACAGAAGUUUGGAAACACUGCUGGCCUGUUUUAGUCUGAAAACUCCAGGAUGGCGUUUUAGUCUGGGUGGGUAGAAAUGGAGACUCUCUUAACUGCUUGCUGAUCGGGGCUGUCAGUCAAGAUGUAGCCUUCACUGAUGUGUCAGGAUCCUAUAACACUGGUGACAUUUAGUGGCUUGUUGCCUGUUGUGGCACCAAAGUGUUUGGCCAGUGUGCCCAUGGAACACCUGAAAUCAAAGCUUGUUCAUCCUGUUGAUGCUAAAUGGUGUGAAACCAAAAAUUGUCAUCAGCAGUCGACAUCUACAUACACAUCAUUACUGCAGCACAUGAACAGUGAGGUUUGAACAUAGUUCAGGCUAAGUGCUAACUUCUCUGCACUAAAUAGGUGCUGAAGACUGCAUGGUCUGAUUGAACUGAUAAGUGAGCCAAGGUUCAGAUAUGAUGGUUACUGUUGUGAAUCAGUCAGUUCACUGUUGGUCAAUUGAAAAGAUCUGCGAGGCAUUGUGCCAGUGCACUUCAGGUAUGGACCUUUAUUUAUUGGGUCACCUGCCGACAUUAAAGGCUCCAUGCCUCACUGCACUGUUUGCUGUAGCUUGUCUUCACAAUGGUACAGAUGGCUUUGACAACCUAUGGAGAGCUUUACCACAGCUUUACUCAACUCCUCAUAUUGUGUUGACACUUAGGACCAAGCUUAAAUAAUAUGCAUUGCAUGGGUGUCGGGUAUCAGGGGAAUCGAGGGUCUUAUGUUUGUUUGUUUGCAACAUGUGUCCCAGUGUGCUGGACUUAACUUUAGACAGCAUACAGUUUGUGUGGACACUGAAUCAGCCUGUCUGUAACCCUUGUAUGUUUAAUUUCCCUGUGCUCGCUGUCAGUGAAACGGGUAAAAUGUUAAGGUCAGGUUCAUGAACCACAGUCAUAUCUGUGGUGAUUUGAUUCAGUGGACCCAACAGAGGGUUUAUAUGACAGUCUUAAAAUGCAAAAAAUGAAUUGUAUCAUUUACUUUCAUUAACAUUUUUGUUACAAAUUAAUAAAUGUUCUUUUCUCUCUAA